AUUUGGGAAUGACGGGAAGAAUAGGCAUGCAACCCUUUACGGGUAGAGGAGACGAGAUACAGAGAAUUGGGAGAAUAAGUUUUUUUUUUUGUCUACUUAAGGCUCUUGUAAUGCACCAACGAACACUAUCAACAAUUUUAAAAUGUUAGUGGUCGUGCUGAAAGUAGAGGAAUCUCUUUGCCAUGAUCGUGUUUUGCCCUUCUCUCUCACAUGAAGGUGGUUCUUAGCAGAUGUAAUUGGAUUGACAUCUCCUUCACCAACCAUCGUUUUAAUGGGGACUAGUGGUAGAAUAAGCGUCUAUCAAGAAUUUGACAUUAGUUGGCUCCUCCUCAGCUUAUUAAGUGUUUUCUUCUCGUGGUUAUCUUGGCACUGUGGCUGGCUUUGUUUUGUUGGAGCUCGAGGCCGAGCAGGGCGAGAUGGAUGACUUUAAGAUGUGCUCGUUUGAUGGAGGUCUUGCGGACUCUACUAGCAUGCUCUCUAUUUUGGACGUGCUAUUCCGUUGAGGGGUGUUUGGGUAAGGACUUACCCUAAUAUUUAAAAUAAAUUUAAAAAAUUAAUAGUUAUUUACCCUAAUAUUUUUUAGUGACAAACAGAAAAUGAAUUAAAAAAAUGAUUAAUCAAACGUGUCAUUUCGCAAGAACGAAAAGGACACGCGCUCCAAAAUGGAAGCUAAUGAAAAAGUUGAAAACUGCAGCCAGCAAUUAGUCCACUAAGCCAAGCCACUUCAAUAUUUAUUAGGGAAAGCUAGCUAGCUAGCUAAACUUAUGUUUUAAGUGGGAAAACGGAAAAAGAGAGGAGAAAUGAUCGAUUCAGCCAGCGAGAAAAUGCUCCCACAGAAGCCGACAAACGAUGAAACACACUACCCGGUGCUCAGCUCUGAGCCUCUGACACAUACAAAACAACCAACCACAGCCACAGGGACAGCGCUCUUUCUUUUUUUUCCUUCUUCCCUUCUAACGGGACGGAGGAGUUGGUCCGGUCAAGCCGCCAUUAACAGUUCCCCCGUCACCGUUAACCCCAUUGGGAAACGGAGAAACAGACCACCCUCCAUUGGUUGACCCUCUCCUGUUUAUGGAGUCAACUGUGAGAAAAUGGGUAGUAUAGAGAAAACCCAUGGCGUGCUUGGUGGAAGAAGUGGAAACUUCGCUGGCAGUGGUAGGGGGUGAAAUUGGUGAUGGUGAUUUGAGAGAAGGACGGCUCGAUGCGGAGGGAAACUACAAAGAUCUCGUCUUUCUCUCUCGGCUUCUUUUGGGUUUAAUUUAUUUUCUUCCCUAGUUUUUUACAGCGAGAAGGAGACUUGGAAUUGGGGGAGGAGAAAGAAACCAAAGAAUCGUCAAACUAAACCGGUGGCUCCGGUCAAUGGUUGAUAUACCUCCCUCCCUCUUUCUCCCUUUCUCCUUGUAAACCAGCUCUAUGCUUUUUCCCCCUGGUUUAGAACGCCCUCUCUCUCUAGAAAAGUCUUCCUUGUUUUCCUUUUUCCAUCUUGCAGGAGCUCUCUUGAGCUAGUAAUUGCCGCGAGAAGAAGAGGUUGGAUUUUGUUGAAGGGUUGAGCUUUGGGCUCUUCGGGUUCUGCUCCAACCUUGCCGGAAAGGAGAACAAGAAAGAGGAAAUGGCGCAGCAGCAGCAGCGUUCGCAUGUGCCUAAGUUUGGCAACUGGGAAAGUGAAGAGCAAGUCCCAUACACCGCAUAUUUCGACAAGGCAAGGAAGGGCCGAACCGGUGGGAAGAUGAUCAACCCAAAUGAUCCCAUGGAGAACCCAGAUUUGCUUCCUCCACCUAAAGUGGUUAAAGCUGAACCAGUAGUAGAACCCGCUGCUGGGCAGCUUGUUGUUCGACGAGCACACGACCGCAGGGAUGAUGCCAGUGAACUCAAACCGGCCGUUGGCUCUCCAGCACGCCCUGAAAAUGGGACCCGCAGAGCUGGGCCGGGAGGAGGCCGUGGAGGAGGAGGAGGAGGAGCAGUAAGCCGUCCUGCAAGGAACAGUGCUGGGUCUGAUAACAGCUUUGAACGCUCACCACUACAUCCUCAUGCUAGAAUCUCAGGAGGCCGUGCCAGUGGGGCACCGUCACCAGUCUGGGAAGGGAAGAAUUCCCAUGAGAGCAGUCAUAGUACACCUGGAAGGUCAAGACUGAGACCAAAAGGCGACGAGAGUCCUGAUAAGGGUGCUGCUGUUCCAAAGUUUGGGGACUGGGACGAGAACAACCCGGCAUCAGCAGAUGGAUACACUCACAUCUUCAACAUGGUGAGGGAAGAGAGACAGGGUGGCGUUGCAGGGAGGGGACCUGGCGGCUCGUAUGGCGACUCGUCCCAUGGCAAUGCUCGGAAGCACAACUCUGGCGAAACCACCUUGUGUUACUGUUUUCCAUGGGGAAGAAAGUGAUGGUGGAGAUUGAUAUUGGGAGGAUCAGGAAACCAACCAUUCAGAGAAAAAGGUGUGGGGGAAGUGUAAAUACUCUCUCUAAUGUCUGUUUCAUAUUUUGAUGUUUUGUUUUCAUGGAGAGCAAGCUGAUUCUCUCUGUCUUUUGUGGGUGAUUAUCUUGUGAUGUGAAAACAUAACUUAUACGCCAUUGUUUUCUGUGGAACUCUUGGCUCUUCUUUACUUUCUUCUCUUUUGAAUUUAGAAAAAAUACUGUUUCAAAUUUCUAGCUACCAUGGUUAGUAUAUUGAAUUGGGAAGGAUUACACAUAGAAUUCUUUCAUUGUUAGGAUUAUUAAGAGAUUUUCCUUCAUUUUCUUCUCGUGUUGUGUAAUUUUGCUGUAAUGCCUAAUGUUUGGAAGUUGAAGGUUUUCUUACGUGAGGAUUAUUGUUGUCCUGGACUCAUGGUAUUCAUUUCUUAAUCAUCUUCUAUUUGAGAUUGCGUGGCUAUGUAUUUUUUGAACCGUACCGCAUCAAACUGGGAAAUAUGAUGGUUCAUGGUUAAACUGUUGGCCAUUGUAAAAUUGGUGGUGAACCGCUAUAAAACUAGUUGGUUUGUACUUAAUUAACUACUAGCUUAAGAUCCUGAAUUUGAUUAGUGAAAGUUAACAAUUUAUGUUUCGUGUGAUCAUUUGCAGAAAGAGAAAUAGAUACGGCAUUGGCAAUAUCAUAAAAUUAAAUAAUAUCAUAAAUUAUCUAAUAUCGAUUUCUAAACGCUAAUCCACUUGUAAAUAUAAGUAAUAAAUAAGCUCUAAAUAUUUCAUUUUUUUAAUUGACAAUAUUAAACCCAUCUUCCCGUAAUUUUUAUUUUAACAUCAUUAGCCUUUCCUUCAAACGAUUUGGUUACCAUGAUAACCGUUUUAACCGGUACUAUUUGGAUAAUUUGGUCUGGUUUAUUUGGAUAAUUGGUUUGGUUUGGUUAAAGUUUUUAGCUUGUUUGGUUUAGAUGGUUUGGUUUGGUUUCAGACACUCCUAACCAGUCAAACCAAAUUAACCAGUUAAGUAAUUAGUCAUAUAUCUAACAUAUAUUAUAUACACAUAAUACUUUGCAUAACCACUCAAGAGUUAACGUUCAUCCCUUUUAGACUCAUAAGAUAUAAAACUCAAUAUUGCUCAUAUAGUGUAUAUUUAUAUAUGUAAAGUCUAUACCACAACAUAUGGACACCUAAUUUAGAUAAAUUUCAUACAUUAUGAUGAAUGAAAACUUGAAAGGAAUGUCGUUUCCAGCUAGGGAUGGCAACGGGUCGGGUUGGGGCGGGUUUUGUCAAACCCAAAUCCAAACCCAUGGGUUUAUCCGCAAAAAAAAAACCCGGGGUAAAACCCGCUGGGUUUGAAAAACUCAAACCCAACCCAACCCGCUGGGUAUCCGCGGGUUCAUGGGUACCCGUGGGUUUUUGUGGUAAAAAAUUUACAAUAACAAAUUUAUUUCAAAAUAAAAGUUUAACAUCAAUUUUCUCAUACAAAUUAUUCAUACAAAAAACACCAAUCUAGAACAUACAAGCAAACCGCAAAUGAUCAAUACAAAUUAUUCAAAAUUAAAGAUAAACAUCUAUAAACAACAAAAUUAAUAUUAAUCUUCUUCCUCGUCAAAUAAGUUUCUUCACUCUCCACUCCAUAAUAUCAAUUUCAUUCUAAACAAUUAGAAAGAACAAAUUAUACAUGUCUCCACAAACAUAAAUAAUAUUAGUUGUUUAAAGAAGAUAUAUUAUUUAGAAUAUUAAAUAUACCGGGAAAGUAAUU